AUGUGUAGUUCCACGGUUCUGAAUUGCACGAGGAGAUGGUUCUCCUGCAGAUCACGGCUAAAUUCUUUGAAGGAUAUAUGGAAGGCUAAUGUAUUUGAUCAGGCCACAGAAGCUCAGUCUGGAGUUCUAUCAAAUUCAGCUUCUGUAUUCGAACUACAGAUACACGAUGUCAAGACGCAUCAAUCCACUGAAUAUCUAAAAGAUUUUGGAAUAUUUCUGGAUAAAAUCAAAACAGAUGAAAAUGAAGUCUGUUUGAUUGGUAGCUGGACUUGUGAUAUUGGCGAUCAGAAUAAAAUAUAUCAUUUAUGGAGAUUUACAGGAGGUUAUAGCGGUCUUAGUACACAUUAUAAUCUCAUGAAUAAUAACAAGGAAUUCGUUGAAUGCCAACAGAAAUUAAAUUCUUUCCUGCACUCUCGCAGAAACCAAAUCUGCCUACCUUUUAGUUUCUGGCCUAUUCCUAAACCAACGGAAGAAGGUGCUGACAACAUUUAUGAACUUAGAUCAUAUUAUCUGAAGCCAGGUACAAUGAUUGAAUGGGGUAAUAAUUGGGUUCACGCUAUAAAAGUCAGAUCUAAGAAUGAUGAAGCGGUAGCUGGAUUGUUUUCUCAUAUUGGGGAUAUGCAUGUGGUUCAUCAUCUUUGGGCUUAUCGUGAUCUUGAGGCACGUAAGAAAUCACGCGAUGAAAUUUGGCAAGAUCCCAGUUGGGGGAAAUGCGUAAUGAAUACAGUUCCUUUGAUGCAUUCUAUGACCAGCAGCAUUCUUCGUCCAACACGAUACAGUCUACUCCGGUAA